AUUCUGCCUCACCCCAACAAGCAUCAACCUCCUCCUCUCCAUCACAAAAUCACCCCGUCCAUCUCCUCCAUUAACUCUACAGGUAAGUUCUUCCUUUGCUGCACCUCCAUCUCCUCCUCUUCUCCUCCGUCUGCUCCUUAUUUUUUCUGGAAGUUAAACCCGACACACGCUGAGGAGCAACACAACCUCGGCCUACUCCGGAGGCCCGCCUCGACACCGACCCCCACUACUGCAGCACACCCGCAGAGGAAGCGCCGCAGUCGGUGCGAGAGGAGGCAGAAGACCGGACUGCGCCAUCCAGCUCCACCAGAUAACAUGCUACCGAGCAGGAGGGAGUCUUCUGCCAUCCUGCUGGUUGCAGUCUACAUCCCUCCCAGCUGUAACAACAAUGAUAGAGACAAGGCACUGAGUGAACUGCACAGCUCCAUCAGUGACCAGCAGACUGCCCAUCCAGAGGGACUUCUCAUUGUGGCUGGAGAUUUCACCCAUGCAUAUCUCAAAACAGGGUUUCCUCAUGUGUACCAAUAGACUGGACCAGGUAUACACAACUCUGAGAGGAGCAUACAAGGCCUCACCCUCUCCCCCAUCUCAGCGCUUCAGACCACAUCACUGUGAUGCUAAUGCCAGCACACAGACCAAAGGUCAAAGUCACCAGACCGGUCCAGAAGCAGGUACGGGUGUGGCCAGAGGGUGCCACCUCAGCACUCCACAGACUGGGACAUGUUUAAGCAAGCAGCCACCUACAACCGCCAGAUCAACAUACAGGAAUAUUCAGACACUCUCACUGCCUACAUCAGCAAAUACAUUGAUUAUGUCAUAGACACCAAGACCAUCACGGUACGGGCCAACCAGAAACCAUGGCUGACGGGGGGGUUACUGACAGCCCGGAACGCUGCUUUCAGAGCAGGUGAUGAGGCUGGUUUGAGAUCAGCAAGAGCCAACCUGUCCCGUGGCAUCAGACUUGCAAAGAGGCAGUACAGCAGCAGGAUAACCCACCACUUCACCGACAGCAGAGACACAAGGAGCCUGUGGCAGGCGUUACAGACCAUCACGGACUAUAAACCUCGCAGGUCUAUAGUCCGUGAUUGUCUGUCUUCCUCCUCUCUUUCUCUUUCCUGUUCACCUCCUGUCCUUCAUCCUCAAGUUCACUCUCCUCCAGCAUGGCAGCUCUGUGGCUCCAGUCUUUCUCUCUGCUGGUCUUACUGAUCAUAUCGUGGCCGGGUUCCCAGGCCGCCAUUGCCCCACAACAAAUAUGUGGCUCUGACCUGGUUGACGCCCUCAUGCUGGUCUGUGGACCCAGAGGCUUCUCCUUCACCACUAAGAAAAACGUCGACCCUGUGCUGGGUUCCCUUCCUCCAAAGGCAGGCGGCGCUGAAGUGGCAAGCGGAAGAUCGGCGAAGCAGAACAUCGUAGAGCAGUGCUGCCACAGGGCCUGCAACCUCUUCGACGUGGAGAGCUACUGCAAUUGAGCGGUGCUCAGGCCUGGCUUCUGUUAACCUUGCCUAGCUUAGACCAGACACUCAUUGGAAACUAACAGCAAAGUAAAUAUUGGUAUUCAGUGCUCUCUGGAUAACUCAUUUAACUCACUGAUUUGUAAAUCUUUAUGUUACUGUGAGAUCACUUAGAGUACAAGAAUUUUUAACAUGAUGGUGAUUCACACACACAGCUGUGUUUUUCACUCAUUUGCCACGAGGGGGCAACAACCCUCCUCUGAAGAAUGAAGCAAAAAGUGGAAGAACAAAACAGACAUGAGAUUUGUACUUCAUUCAUAGUGUUUUGUGUGUGUGUGUGUGUGUGUGUGAGAGAGAGAUUCUGUAUUCUUCUCUUACAUACAUCUCUAAUGUUAGUGGCUGGACUCGAAGCGCGCAUAACAGAUAUUAAUAUUAAAACACAUAAACCUUUACAUCAUACGCAAUAUAACCAACUGAAAUGUAACUACCGUGUGCACCUCUUGGACCACAUGCAGAAUAAACGUUACAAUAGGUCUGCAGGUCUUCUCUCUGCAUCUCUGCUCUCUCUUCUACCUACAAUUACCGUCUGUAUUAAACAAUAUAAGCA